AUGGGGCCUGAGGGCCCGAUUCUACAGGCCAACUUGAACCACUCGGCCAGGGCCCAAGAUCUAUUUUUGCACGUCCUGGCCGAGUGGAAAAUUGGAUUGGCGGUAGCCGCGGAGCCGUACAGAGUCCCCGACAGAACAGAUUGGUUCGGGGACGAAGACGGCUCCGUGGCGAUAAUUGCCUCCCCAGGGUCCCCCCCUGCUCCACUGGAGCACGGUAGGGGCUACGUGGGAGUAGCUUGGAGAAGCAUAGCGGUGGUGGGGCUUUAUGCCCCGCCCAGUUGGCCUCUCGCCGAAUUUGAACAGUACCUGGACCGGGUGGGGGACUUUGUCUCCCGUUGUUCCCCCCGGCCAGUGCUGGUCCUCGGGGAUUUUAACGCCCAUGCGUCACUUUGGGGCUCCCCGAGGACAGACGCGAGAGGCAAGGCGGUCCAGGAUUGGGCGGCGGGAUUAGGGCUCCUCCUAUUAAAUGAGGGGUCCGUCAGCACCUGCGUGCGUGCCCAGGGGGAGUCAAUAGUCGACUUGUCAUUCGCGACUCCCCCGGCCGCACGUAUGGUGCAGAGAUGGAGGGUGGUGGAGGAGGCGGAGACGUUGAGUGAUCAUCUAUACAUCCGCCUCGACAUCUCCACCACCACCCGCCGCCCUGCGCGUGGACCACCACCGCUAAGAUGGGCGCUGAAGAGGAUGGACGAGGACGCGCUGAUGGCUGCAGCCCUCGCUUUGGCCUGGCCUCCAACACCAGCCGGGCCGGUCGCGGACAUCGGGGAGGAGGUAGAGUGGUUCCGGGGAGCCAUGAAGGCGGUGUGUGACACCGCCAUGCCCCGGGCCAAGAACCUCCCCAAGCGGGCCGUCUACUGGUGGACGGGCGAAAUCGCCGACUUAUGGCGAAACUGUCAGGUCGCCCGUCGCCAGUGGCAAAGGGCCCGCAGAAGACGGUCGAACCGCGACCCAGUGAGGGAGGAUGAUCUGUACGGGCAAUACCGAGUCUUGGUAGUUGCCCUGCAGACAGCCAUCAGGGAGGCCAAAUCCCAGGCGAUGGAUGAGCUCCUCGGCUCUCUGCAGGAGGAUCCGUGGGGGCGCCCCUGCAAGCUAGUUAUGGGCAAGCUAAGGCCCUGGGCGCCCCCCGUGACGGAGAGCCUCGACCCCCAGCUAUUGGGGCGGGUCGAGGACACGUUAUUUCCUCGAGCUUGCCCACCUCGUCCAACAGCACGAUGGGCCGGUACGCGGAGGGGGAGUCCGCGGGCCGACCUUCUUUGCGAAGCAGAACCAGCCGCCCCUCCUUCCACAACGCGGGAAAAACUCCCCGUUCCAACGCGGCGCUAA